AUGCCUGCGAUCGGAGACCAGCAUCGGCUUGGGCCUGGGGACAAUCCUGCAAUCUCUGCGAAUCCAUAUUUAAAAGGAACCGGUCGAGUUGAAGAGUUUACACCUACCGAAGUUGCCUCGCUGAGGGAGAGACUAAACAAGCAGCUGGGCCCAGAGUUUCUCUCAUCCAGGCCUUCUGGAGGAGGAAAAGUACAUUAUAUCACGGCAGAUAAAUGUAUCAACCUUGCAAAUGAAGUCUUCGGGUUCAAUGGAUGGUCGAGCUCUAUACAAAAUAUAACACAGGAUUUUGCUGAUGAGAACCCUACCACGGGAUAUGGACAUAUUGAAAACUGCAAAGGGAAGGCUGCUGCGUUUGAAAAAGCUAAGAAAGAAGGAACCACGGACGCCCUGAAACGUACUCUAAGGACAUUCGGAAAUGUACUCGGAAAUUGCAUAUACGACAAAGAGUACCUCUCCAAAGUAGUGAAAAUUAAAGCUACCCCAGUGAAGUUUGAUGUUGACAACCUCCAUCGUCAUGUGGAUUUUGUGCCUCCCAAAGUACCAACUGCAGCCCCUACUAAUAGGAUUAUCAAACAAGAAUAUCAGAACAAUGGCCCGUCAAAUCUACCUGCACGGGUUCCUGAUAUUGAGAAUAUCACGGCAGAAGACUCUCUCGCAUACGAGUUUGAAGGCGAGUUUGGAAAGGAAUCUGAUUAUUCAAGGCGAUCAACCGGACAAAAUGGUCCCUCAGCUACUCACCCACCAACAGAUGCAAGAAAUUUUGCAAAUGCAACCAAAGCAGCGACCACAGUUGAUACAAGAAAGCCCAUAGCUUCGGUUUCGGCUAAUGGCACUGUUCCUUCACACAAUGGCCAGGCCGAUGGAAUCAAUAGGAGCAAUAUGACCGGCCCGAAAACUCCAGUUCCGGGCAGAUUUGCACAAGAUCAAAAUAAUGACUCCAGACACCCCAGCGGGAGACAAGCUAUGCAACCAAAUGGUCCACCAUUCCCACAUUCCAAUGACCAAGGACGACCAAAACAUGAUCCUGCCCCAAAUAAUGAUGGAAAUAAGGCCUCCGGCGCGCAGAGCAGUGAAGACAAGGCAUCAGAAGACCAUGUAGUUGGAUUUUUCUCUGCUCGGGCUGCAGAAGCUCUAAUAAACGAUCCCCAUACUGCUGUAAAAUCAGCACCAGUAUUUGACCCCCAAUUUGACAGCCCAUCCAUACGCAAAACUGCCGGUAUUGAUCAUACUAGCUCUUCCCCUAUUGUCAGGAAAUCUCUUCAGGCCUUACAACAACAGGCUGGCAAGGUGCCCUUACCAGGCGCCAAGGCAAAUGCGCCGACACCUAACAGUGGUCAUGGACCAAUAGGGAGGCCGCCUAUGACUUCAUCGUAUCGACCACCAAUACGGCGAUCCAUGGGAGCAGUGAACAGUGGCAACGCUAGCACCGCUUCCAACAUGCCACCGCCAGUGAGAAAUCACAACAGCCCUAUCAAUGGUGGGCAGCAGCAAAACGAAUAUGGGAAAAGACUGCCGUUAGUUGAUACCACAAAUGUUCCGAACAACGAACGGACAAAGAAUCAGGCAGACGCCGCAAAACGAACGAGGGUUGAGGAUGCCAAUGCUCCAAAACAAAACCUUCAGGGUCAACAGUAG